AUGUCUAAAAAAGAGAGCAACAUUAAGAAGAGCGAAAAUUUAGAGCAAAAUACCAAAUCUCAACUAAAUGAGGCUUCAAAUACUACAAAUAACUACAACAACACUGCUUCAACAUCAACUAGUAAAGACUGGGCUAAUUUAACUGAGGAAGAGGAACUUGUGUCGAAAGAAACUUUAGCAGAAG